UCCAUUUUCUUGAAUUCAACAAAAGAAAAUUCUCUCCAAUUUUUCUUUCAAAUAAUAAAAUCAUGGGUCUUUGUGCAUCAGCUCCAAAAUCAAAAACAACCCCAGAAAGAUUAUUACAAAACCAUCAAAAAAACAAUCUUUUUAGUAGUAAUAAUAAUAGUAAUACUACUACUACUACUAAUAAUAAUAAUAAUAAUAAUAUUUCACCGUCAGCCAACAACAACCAACAACAAAAGUUUUCCGGGCAAGUUACGUCACCGACCACCGGAGCUGGCGGUGGUGGUGCCACCCCUGCUUUUUCUGAGUUUUCAUUCAGUGACAUAAAAACAGCUACUGAAAAUUUUAGUAGUGAUUUGAUUGUAUCUGAAAGUGGUGAAAAAGCACCAAAUAUUGUUUAUAAAGGAAGGCUCAAAAAUCGUCGGUUUAUUGCUGUUAAAAAGUUCUCUAAGUUGUCAUGGCCUGACCCCAAACAGUUUGCGGAGGAAGCAUGGGGUGUUGGCAAAUUGCGACACAAAAGGUUGGCUAAUUUGAUUGGAUACUGUUGUGACGGUGAAGAGAGGUUGCUUGUUGCCGAGUACAUGCCUAAUGACACUCUUGCUAAGCAUCUAUUUCAUUGGGAAAACCAGACAAUUGAGUGGGCUAUGCGGAUAAGGGUUGCUCAAUAUAUAUCUGAAGCCUUAAACUAUUGUAGUACAGAAGGCCGCGAAUUAUAUCAUGACCUCAAUGCAUAUAGGAUCCUUUUUGAUGAGGAUGGUGAUCCCAGGCUUUCAUGUUUUGGAUUAAUGAGAAACAGCAGGGAUGGAAAAAGUUAUAGUACUAAUCUUGCUUACACCCCUCCGGAAUAUCUCAAACAUGGGAGAGUCACCCCGGAGAGUGUUGUUUACAGCUUUGGGACGGUCCUUUUAGAUCUUCUAAGUGGGAAACACAUCCCUCCAAGUCAUGCGCUUGAUUUGAUCCGUGGAAAAAAUAUCAUACUAUUAAUGGAGUCGCAUUUAGAAGGAAACUUUUCAACAGAUGAAGCAACUAUACUUGUCGAUCUUGCCUCCAAAUGUUUGCAAUAUGAACCCAAAGAUAGACCUAGCAUUAAAGAUCUGGUUGCAACACUUGCCCCUCUUCAAACCAAAUGUGACGUUCCAUCUCAUGUAAUGCUUGGAAUUUCGAAACAAGAAGAAGCUCCUUCAACUCCACAACGCCCUCUUUCGCCUUUAGGAGAUGCUUGUUCUCGGAAGGAUCUUACGGCAAUUCAUCAGAUCUUGGUUAUGACACACUAUCGUGAUGAUGAUGGAACUGGAACCAAUGAGUUGUCAUUCCAAGAAUGGACUCAACAGAUGAGAGAUAUGUUGGAGGCAAGGAAACGUGGUGACCAAGCAUUCCGUGAUAAAGACUUCAAAGCUGCCAUCGACUUCUAUUCACAGUUCAUAGAUGUGGGAACGAUGAUAUCACCAACCGUGUACGCAAGGCGGAGCCUGUGCUACUUGCUCUGUGAUCAACCUGAUGCCGCCCUUCGAGAUGCCAUGCAAGCACAAAUAGUUUAUGCAGACUGGCCCACUGCUUUCUACAUGCAAUCAGUGGCUCUGGGCAAGCUGGACAUGCAUCAAGACGCUCUCGAUAUGUUAAAUGAGGCUGCUGGACUAGAAGAAAAGAAACAAAAAAGGGAUCGACGGGGCUCAUAAUAUCAUCAUGGGUACACAUUCUCACUAAAAUUGGUAAAUAAUUUGUUGUCAAAUGUGCUUGACUUCAAAUUUUUGAGUUACUUGACAUACAAAAGUUGUUAUAUUUAAUAAAUGCAAAGCUUGUUGAUCA